UGUUUGAUGUGCAGCACUAACAGAAGAUGGUUGCAACUAGAACAACGUGAACAUGAGACCUCGCUCGGUGUGAAAGAGGGUUCUUUGUAUCCUGGCAACAACACGAGUGUAGGGUUCAAAUGUAUUUAUUUAUUUGUUUGUUUGUUUUUGUUUUUGUGUUAAAUAUUUUCAGAACUGGGACUGUAAGGACUGGGUUUCCCCGCCAUCCCAUAAUACUUUCCAUAUUAGUCCCCUUUUUGCUCCACCCCCCCUCUUUUUUCUUGCUUUCUCCUCCAGUCAUCAUUCACACAUCUAUCUACCUGUUCAUCCACCAUUCCAUCCCUCCAUCCAUUCUGUUGCAUACCAUUACACUCAUCCCACUCUGUACAGUUACAUGUAUUCAUUACAUCCUGUGCCAUCCCGUCCCACUCCACUCAUCCCGUCCCACUCCACUCAUCCCGUCCCACUCCACUCAUCCCGUCCCACUCCACUCAUCCCGUCCCAUCUAUUCUACUCAUCCCGUCCCACUGCACUCAUCCCGUCCCACUCCACUCAUCCCGUCCCACUCCACUCAUCCCGUCCCAUCUAUUCUACUCAUCCCAUGCAGGUGGCGACCUGUGAUUGGCCCAGCCUGCGUCGCCAACGGCAACAGACCGGCAACUGUGUUGAAAUGAACUAGUGUGUCUUGGAUAUACUCUUACGACACAAACACUUCCCACCUCCUUAUCUCAGACUGAGAGUUUUCUUGUAGUAGAAACAAGUUAUUUCUGAUGUUCACCCCGGAACAGGAAGUGAUGUAAUGAACCGGCACCAGCGAUGCCGUCGUAAACAGUUCAUCCUCUGCCAGUGCCUUCUGUCUCAGAUCUGAGAGAUAGCCACUCCCUCGUUGUUCUCGGCGUUCUGCUCGACUCUACCGCCAUGUUUUAGUUAUUUAAAUACAAACCCAUCCUCACGUUAAUGUCCGCCCCACUGCAGCUCCGUGAUCAGAUAUGAAACCUCCGUAGACUGAGGUCACCUCAACCUCGCGUGUGUUUUGCUUGUAAGCACUGUGCAGAGAGAACCGGUCUCACCAUGCCCAGCUUCAACUCCAAAUGGCGUUAUUUGUUCAUGCUGCUUGGCGUGCAGCUCAUCGUCAUGGCCCUCCUGUCCAGAGAGGCUUACCAGAAGAGAGUGUCCUAUUUUUUCAAGAUCUUCCGCAAACUGGAUGUGCUGAGCGGUGCGGCCGGGUCGGGGGCGGGUCACGGGUCCAACCACACCGGCGUCGACGUCUACGCCAACCUGUCCCAACUGGUGCUGCUGCCCAAAAAAGAGGACAUGCACUACUGCCCUAAAAGAUCUCCACUACUCAGUGGGCCGAUCCACGUCAGCUUCCCCUCAGGACUCACACUCGCUCAGGUGGAGAGGAAGAAUCCACUGGUGGUGCGCGGGGGGCGCUACAGGCCGCCGGACUGCGAGGCCCGACAUCGCACCGCUGUAAUCAUUCCCCACAGGAACAGAGAACAACAUCUGAAGUACCUCCUGUACUACCUCCACCCGUUCCUACAGAGACAGCAGCUGAGCUACGGCAUCUACGUCAUCCACCAGGCCGGUAACUACACAUUUAACCGUGCGAAGCUGAUGAACGUCGGGUUCCGUGAGGCGAUGAGAGAGGAAGACUGGGACUGUCUGUUCUUCCAUGACGUGGAUCUGAUCCCCGAGGACGACCGCAACACGUACACGUGCGACAGGAACCCCAAACACGCCGCCAUUGCCAUGGACAAGUUUGGCUACAAGUGUACGUUGUGUUUCAGAUUGCCCUAUAAGGCGUAUUUCGGUGGUGUUUCAGCGUUGAGUCCUCUACACUAUCUGAAGAUGAACGGCUUCCCCAACAACUACUGGGGCUGGGGGGGUGAGGACGACGACAUCGGCAUCCGUGUGUCUCUGGCCGGGAUGUCCAUCAGUCGCCCGUCUCUGAGGGUCGGCCGCUACAAGAUGAUCAAGCACAAACUGGACGAGGGCAACGAGGUCAACCCUAAAAGGUUCAGUUUGUUGGCGAAGACGCAGCAGACGUGGAAGUUGGACGGGAUGAACUCGGUGGUGUACGAGCUCUUGUCUCGGGAAUACCUGCCGCUCUACACCAACAUCACCGUCAACGUCGGCACCCUGGACGGCCUGCGACCUCCGACCUCUAAACCCCAGCCCAAAGACAGCGCAGAGAACCGGCCCGGACACUGACACACACACUGACCACACAUACACACACACACACACUCAUAUACGCGCGCACACACACACACACACCUACACAGGUACACGGACAAAGAGAGUGCAGGGUUGACGUCUGAGUGGAGUGUGUGGUUUGGGGGCGGAGCCUCUUCAGUGCAUAAAUCAGGUUAUAAACUCUAGUGCCCUCUCUCUCUCUCUCUCACAUUCACGCUGGAGGUGUGUUCAGUUGUGGGCACAAACACAGUGACUGUCCUCUACAACCCUCUGCACAUGCACAUGUGUGUGUGUGUGUGUGUGUGUGUGUGUGUGUGUGUGUGUGUGUGUGUGUGUGUGUGUGAGAUUGAGAUUCACACCGUUGUUGCCUUAAACACAAAUCUGUACUCCUCCCUCUCUCUCCCUCUCCCUCUCCCUCUCUCUCUCUCUCUCUCUCUCUCUCCCUCCCUCUCUCUCUCUCUCUCUCUCUCCCUCCCUCCCUCUCCCCCUCUCCCUCUCUCCCUCUCCCUCUCUCCCUCUCUCCCUCUCCCUCUCUCUCUCUCUCUCUCUCUCUCCCUCUCUCUCUCUCUCUCUCUCUCCCUCCUCGUGGACUUUUGUGGAUUUUUAAUUACUGCCUUAGGAACUUCCUGGUUUCAGAACACCAGCGCCGAGGUCCAGAGGAUCAUGGGUAACGGAUCAUGGCACCAGCUGAUUGGUUGGUAAAGACUCGGGGGCGGUCCUGAUGUUACUGCACACUUUUUGUACUUUAAACACACUGUAGGGACUAAAGGACUGUUUUUAUAAAAUUAACACAAUCAGAAACUUCAGUAACAUCAGCCGCUGCUCUACAUAUCCGUACGUCAUCCUGUCCGUCUGUCUCGAUUCGCUACAUUUAGCCAUCAUGGCCUUUAUAGAGGAACUUUAACGCAGUGAGCCGCGGAGGUUUCUUUCAGCUUCAAGAUUUUUGCGGUGAAGAAAUCGUAACUUUACUCGUGGUAAAACACAUCGGAUCCGUUUCAUCGAGUCGCAGCGCGGUGCAGUGUUUGUAGUAAUGUACAUCCUUGUAGUUAACUAUUAGCGUACGCUUCAAAUCGCUAAAACACACGGUUACGAUAUAACAGCUGUUGUGACGUUUGAAGGGGCGUGGCCAAGUGGGAGCUCCAGAAAGCUGAAGGGGUGGGGCAGGAUCUCACUUACGGUGCUUGAAUGGUAUCCUAUGAGCUUCGUUAAACUUUUUUUCACGAUGAAAAAACCCAGCGUGACUCUUCGUUAAAGCUGUAACAACACGCUGGUUUUUGUGUUUUUUUUCAAGACAUGUUCAUGUUAUCUUCAGAUGAAUAGCUAGUUAGAUAAAAGCUGCAAAAGAAAAGAUCUUAAAUAUAACUGGCUGGUUAGAGCUACACUGACUGGUCGUCACCGGUGUACGCAGAGCAAUGUAAGCGAACUAGCUUGGGAAUUAGCCAGUUACUAUUGCUCUUUUUUACAUUUUUUUUAUUAUUAUACCUACUCAACACUAAUUUUAGCCACGCCCACCUCCGUGAUUCCGAAUACUGCUCCAUAAAGUACGAGAUGUCUGUGUAAAUACGGUUAGAACGUUACACGUGAAUGUUAUGUAUUAGUUAUGUAAUUAUGAACUCGGCUACCCAUUUGCAAUUGUUAGAACUCUGAUUUAGCGGGAGGAGAGGGGGCGUGUCUGUGUGCGAGGGGACCGGGUGAUUGGCUGACGUGAUUUCUGCUAUUUUGGGCUUUUGGGUGUGUUUUGGGGUUAGGGGAAGUCUUUAGGACUCCAUAGCGGUGUGAUGGACGCUGCAGUGCCACGACGUGCGUUAUGUUUAGCGUAAUCUGUAUAUUUUAUUUUCGAAUCGAUGUUGGACUCAAUAACGAGGACUUGCGUAACGAUGCUUUGAAAUGUAACGUACGUAGUUUUUUUUUUUUUUUUUCCUUUUUCUGUUAUCGAUCUCUUCCAUUUUGAUUCCGAACUUUUUAUGAUGAUUUACGAUAUCGAUCAAAAAGGGCGCGGUGAACAGGAUUAUGGGAAUUCUGUCACUUCAAAGAAAACCUCAGGAAACGUAAACGUUUUAAAUUGAUGGCAAACACGUCCGCACGUUAAAAUGAAGGAACGCAGACGUGUUCGCGUCGCGUCCUCCUGAGCGAGUGAUGUCUCCUGCUCUCACGAGCGAUAUCGGAUCGUGGCGCAGCUGAUUAUCGGCACAUGCCUCCUUACACAUUUUCAUUCGUACGAUACCGAUAUCCGCUUUUCACCUGAUUCGGUUCCUGUAGUCAUUACACUAGUAUUAUUUUUUAAAGGCUUGUGACCACUUUUAGUCAUAAAUGAGUUAACGUAAUGGAUGAAGGGGGAUAACUGGAAAACCGAGAACGCUAAACGUCCAGGUGUCAUUAUUAUUAUUAUUAUUAUUAUUAUUAUUAUUAUUAUUAUUGUUAUAAUGUGCAGGGCUGAGGGCGUCGUCUUGGGUACCGCUGCUAGCGUAGGGGCGAGUUUAGGGCACGUCGAGUUUAGGGCACGUCGGGUUUAGGGCACGUCGGGUUUAGGGCACGUCGGGUUUAGGGCACGUCGGGGUUAGGGCACGUCGGGGUUAGGUCCGGUGUUGAGCCAUUAGUUCAGGUUUCUUUACAUUUUGAGGGCCGACUGAUCGAUUGCGUCUUUAAAUGUUAUCGGAUAUUAAACGUUCUCCAGUUAGCACAGAAGUGGUUUAAAUGAUGCAGAUAAAGAUCAAGCGGGAGCGUAGUCACGUGGCAUCACUGCCGCUUUCUCCGUUUCACUCCUUCGGCACGGAGAACGCCGUUAAUUACACGAUAUAACGUUUCAGCUAUCUUGCUCGCCUAAAAUUUAUGUUUUUUUUUCCCCUCUGUCGAGCCGAAGACGUGAACCUAGUGGUGAUGUCAUCAGGUUGAACCUGAACGCUCCGCCCCUUCUCGACGCAGGGAUGCGGUGAGGUUCCACGGCGGUCUCUGUGAUGGUAAUCGUCACGGUUGCUACGGAGACCGCAGUUCGUCCUUGACCCGUUUUGAAACGACGCCGAUCUCAUUUUCAUAUCGCAGUAAUGAGCGCGUUUAUGACGGUUCGACCGUAAUAUCAUGAUUAAAGCACGUCUCCAUGCGGUGUGAUCAAUAUCCUGAUAUAAUUCUGAUGAUGGACACCGGUGUGGUGUGUGCACAGAGCUCCAGUCUGAUGGAGGUUUUAUCUAAAUGUGCCUGUGUGUGUGUGUGUGUGUGUGUGUGUGUGUGUGUGUGUGUGUGUGUGUGUGUGUGUGAGAGAGUUUGGGUGAUUUCGGUGGUAGAGGGACAUGGUGAUUAUUUUUGUAAGAAAUUCUGCACAUGGUUCAUAGUGGCCUUAUAAUAAUGAUUAAUAAAGUAAACAUUUAUCAAACA